AUACAUCACUCAACACUUGCGAUCCAGUUUUCACGCGACCUUUGUCCUCGUCUUACGCUCACUAUCGAAAUCGACGUCUGCAGUUAUCUCAAUGAACACCAUAGCGCCUGUGCACCAGUUUUCUGCUUGGUAGGCCGUGCCGUUACAUGCCUGCCGCUCUCUACUUGCACACCUUCUCAUCGACAUCCCCUGGCCUCCUCGACAACGCCUAGGCUGGCCGCGUAUCAUGAUCAGUCGCUGUCAUGGCUUUCCUUCGCCGCCGAGGCAACAACAACAUGUCUAGUGACACUGACGUGCGCCGACACACAUACUUUGAAUCCAGCGCAUCCGGCGACAUUGCUCCUGCGCUUCCCUCUCAGUCCUUUCAGAACAACCCCGAAGCCGCUGGCGAGUUUUCCCACUCCUCGCCAUGCCACGAUUUACCUCGCGACUCUACCACUAGCCGCAUAGAAGAACCUCGCGAGGGUCAAACCGAAAGUCGCCCUGGUAGCCGUCUUGAAGGACAAGGCGAGGAUCGUCCGGAUACCCCUCCUAUACAAGAUGAAAACAACAAGCAUCAUCGCUUUUCCGUCUUACGCUUUCGAAACGCGAGUGAUUCUCAACUAUCCCUUCGAGCCAAACAGCAGUCUGAAAAAACACCUCCCGUGCCCCGACAUAUACCUCGUGAUGACAAUUCUUCCAACAAUAAUUUCGAGCGCCAAAAGACACUCCGGAAAUCCUUUACUGAUGACAGGCGACGGCCUGUGCUUGCUACUUUGGAAGAGCCGGAGUCUCCGCGACCAUCUACAACGGCCACAACAAGUAGUCCUAACGGAACUAUUUUGACACCACCAAAUCGACCGUCCGAGUCAUCAAGGUCCGAUGCCAGCUCCAAUGAUCGCAUAUCGCAACAGAGUUCGUCUUUCCAAAGCCCGGAGACAACACCCAAGAAAUCAGGACCAUUCUUCAGACUACGGAGACAAAAGAAAGCCCCAGAACCCUUGUUCCCGUUUGCGCAUCUGCAGCAGCAAGGAAAGACGCAGCCCGGUAUAUCGUCUACUUCGUCUCUCGGUAUCUCGACAACUCCGCGCCCCUCAUCGGCCCAAAGUAGCAGAACAGCUAGUGGGAAGACUGCAAAAGGUACACCGGACUUGCAAACAUCUCAAUCGCCUGCUACAGCGUUGAUCGCACCUGGCGGUAACCAAUCGGGUCAUUCCUCUCCUACCAGAGGCACCUUGUUGCGAGGGAGGUCUUCUACUAUGAGUUCGAUAGGCCGAGACUCCAACGAUGAGCACCUCUUACCACCGACGACUCGUACAUCGUCUUCAACUGGCCGUAAAAGUUUUGGUGAUUUGUUUGGACUGAGUCGUCUACGGCAGAAUUCUGAGCUUAGCCGCCAGGGCACGUUGACCCCUACCACGCCUGCCUCUAUCGGGUCCAAAAACAACUCGCUCCAGCUUGCUAGGGAUUCGUUUACUCUCCCAGAACGCCAUGAAGACGAGUCACCCAACAAGUACCUUGGCCGCGUCGAAGAAGUCGCAAGCCGGGGUAUCAUUGCUGCUACUCUAUCAAAGAGUGCUGAUCCAUUCAUGAUAUCUGUCCUUCGGAGCUACAUGCGCACCUUUGGCUUCUUUGGCGACCCGAUGGACAUGGCGAUCCGCAAGCUUCUUAUGGAAGCCGAGUUGCCCAAGGAAACCCAGCAGAUUGACCGCUGUCUACAGGCAUUCGCGAACCGGUACCACGAGUGCAACCCGGGAAGGAUUCGUCGCCUGAUCAAGCAUAUUUUAUGGCAUAGGGGGAGCUCGGCGACCAGCUUGAAUCUUAAGGAUCUACAGAAGACCUUUUUUAAGACAGGUGUUCUGCAGAUUGUGUCAGCUCGAUCUCGCCCGGAUGCUUUCAUGACAGAACAAACAGCAAGUAACCCCGCUGAAGCACACCCCGGAAUUGUCGACAUAAAGGUCACAAAGGUCGGUUUGCUUUGGCGAAAGGAUGCAAAGAAACGCAAGGCCCGGUCUCCUUGGCAGGAAUGGGGAGCAAUUCUCACAGGAGCACAGCUUUAUUUCUUCCGAAACACAGGUUGGGUCAAGUCACUAAUGCACCAGUAUGAAAACCAUAUUAAAGCAGGACAUGAUGGCAUACCAUUGAUUUUCAACCCGCCACUUCAAGAGUUCAAGCCGGAUGGUCUUAUGUCUACUUAUGCUGCAGUUGCUCUCCAUGAUGCGGCUUACAAGAAGCACAAGAAUGCUUUUGUAUAUGUACGACAGGGUGGUCUAGAAGAAGUGCUCUUGGCAGACAAUGAGGAGGAGAUGAAUGACUGGCUCGCUAAGCUCAAUUAUGCGGCCGCCUUCCGAACCACAGGUGUUAAGAUGCGCGGUGUCGUAGGCGGCAAUUAUGAUGGGCAAAGCCGCCGUGGCCUUAGAAGGCUUGACAGUGCCGAUGCUGCCACGCUUAUUCAGACACCCACUGGUCCUGUAUCGAUCGCGCGAAGUCGCAUAGACCACAAGAUGGCCGAAGACAUCUCGGCUGCCCGGCGAGACGUUAUGAAGCAGAAAAUUGAAGAGGCGGACGAGAGCGUCCAGGAGAUCCAACAGCGGCUCGAGGACCAACUCAGAAACGCGCGUCAUCUCCAAAUCCUUGCGCCAAUUCAGCCCAGAACAAGGGAACAGAUCCUGUCUGCUGCUGCACGGAUAUCAGCACAGCUCAAGUGGACCCGUCAAGAGAUGUGGAAAUCAAAGUGUCAUCGCGACAUACUGGUACAAGACCUCGAGGAAGAAUACCCGUCUUCGAUUAUCACUCCCACAAAGCAGCUGUCGAACCAACCUUCGCAGAGAACCGGGUCGCCAACUCCACGGGCCAACAUAGGACGCAGAGGGUCAAGGUCGACGCAUCACUCUGGAACCGAAGGUGAUCCAAGAUCACCCACAGAACCUCAAGUCGCCCACCUACCCAACUCCUCUGAAGCUACCGAAGAUGUAGAUUCGCCCUUGGAUCAAGUUUUCACCACACCUCCCCAGAGCGCAACAAAACGCCGACACAGCUCACGCGAUCUUUCUUUCGCCAGGCCGGAUGCUGCUAGUACAAGACAUGGUUCCAUAUCAAGCAUAGCCCAGUCUCCUAUUUCAUCACUGCCUCCGACCCCGUUGGCGAAGCCUCUUUCACAAGAUGAAACCCCCAAGUCACCACAACGCCCCGAGGAUGACAAUCGCCAAGAUCCUGAUGCUGAUGAACGAGAUUUUCUGGAGCAAACAGGUCUUCUCGAACAACGGCCCAGCCGUGAUCCCACAGAUAAAGCAACUGUCUCAACCGGUGCUGAUGUUCCUUCUGAGUCUGGCACAUCCACGGACAAGCUCGAUAGGAGCAAGAUCCGCCGCAGUCUCCAGCGAACAUUUAGAGAGGGCGCCGGACAUCUGUCGCACCACCGUGGUAGUCGCAAAGGCAAGGAAGUGGCUGGAUCAGGAGAGGAAUCGGGACAGGAUCAUCAGCUCGCGAGAGGCACAGGCAGUUUUGUUGUUCAUGGAAAAAAGGCAUCGGUCAUCAACUUUGGUGAUGGUCUGCAGAACAUGAGCCAUGACGAAAAGAUCCGUGCUCGAAAGUCCUCACAGCAACACGAUUUCCCGCUGUCUCCUAUGCCAAGUGGCCCCGAGGAUGAUGAUUUCUACUCUGCUGUCGGUGUCCCUGUUGAAACGAGUGAGCGCAGAGAGUCUAUCGCGAGCGCAAGCACUGCAACCGCCCGAAGCUUUCGUGAACUGCAUAGAAAGUACUCGACUGCGCAGGCGACUAGAAGUACGUCCGCUGGUGGUAGGUUAACUAUACCUUCGGAUACGGAGAGUGAGGUUGCAGUCAGCUUCUCAGAUGGUCGCCGAAGCCCUUUGCCUCCCAUGGAGACAGAGACAGAUGAGGAGGUUGACGACGCCGGUGUUAAGAGAGGUCGAAGCGACAAGAAAGAAGGGUUUGAGAGUCGAGACUCGGAUGCCGAGUCGCUCCAGGAUGUUGAGCAGCUUCCGAGUCGCACUGUGCAGCCUGUUAAUGCCUGA